AUGGCAAAGGGAGGUGAGGAAACUUACCAAAACAAGGUUGCCGAAGUGUUGUCAAACUUUUUGCCCAAUGGUGGUGGAAGCAAUGGUGGAAAGGAGGAAGAUCCAUUGGCAUCGAUUGAUUUUGAUGCCCCCAAACUCCAGCCUGGACUUUCGCUAGAAGCAUUGGCGGAUGGUCUGGAUAAUGAUUUGCUCGACUUGGAAUGGUUUGUGACCGGCAAAGUCAACCCCAUUUAUUUUGCAGAUAGUUUUCAGUUCCGGGAUCCUGAUGUGAGUGUCGACGGCAUUGAAGAAUACGCUCGAGGCGUCAACAAACUCUUUGAUCAAGAAGUUUCCCGCGCCGAGAUUAUCAGCACCGUUGUCAACACAACGGUACCCAACACCCUUACUUGCACAUGGCGAUUGAGCGGAGCGGUCAAGAUUGGUCCCGGAGUCACCAUCAAGCCCUAUGUGGUGUACACGGAUUUCACAGUGGAUCCUGCGACGGGUCUGAUUGUGUUUCAAGAGGAUCGCUUCUCCAUUCCAGGUUGGGAUAUUUUGUUGAGUGCUUUCUUCCCCUUUUUGAUUGGCAAACUGACGUCGCCACCAGCACCAGAAGUUCCUCCACGAGUCCCCAAGGACGUUGCACAGGGGAGUGUCCAGGAGGACAAGCCUUCGUGGUGGCCUUUCUAA